AUGGCUGGAACAGGAGCAAAGAACUGGCCGAAGUUGGGGCGAGGAACUCUUCCGCGAAGUCGUCCCACGUUCCUGACACGCACAGCCACCGAUGAUGCAGCCCAGCUUUUAAGGAGAUCCUCGCUGCCCACUCCGCCGCUUGAGGACCGGGAGAGGCCAGUAUCGCAACCUACCGCAGACAAACCUGCUACAUCGAGGCCACCAACGGCAACUUCAACUGCCUCACACCAUUCCGUCACGCGGACCAACAGCUCCUCGACGCACGGAGGCUAUGGGACGUUUGAUGGCCAUCGAGAUGCUCAACAUCCGCCUCACCACUCCGACACAAAGUCUGCCCGGGCGCCUCAGCCAGUGGAGCACUUGCCCUCCUCUGGAGCCUACGAUGGCUCAAGCAAAGCUGAGAGGGCACCUCUUCCCACGGCUGGCACAAGGUCUGGAGGAGGCAGCAGGAAGCUAGGCACUUUUUCCGGCGUCUUUGUGCCCACAAGUCUGAAUGUGCUCAGUAUUCUGAUGUUCAUUCGGUUUGGUUUCAUCCUCGGUCAGAGUGGAGUGCUAGGGAUGCUGGCCAUGUUGGUGGCCGCCUACUUGAUUGACCUUGUCACCACGUUGUCGAUUUCUGCAGUGGCCUCAAAUGGGGUUGUUCGAGGUGGAGGCGCUUACUAUCUGAUCUCAAGGUCGCUGGGCCCCGAGUUUGGCGGCGCCAUUGGCCUUGUUUCCUACCUUGGAUUUGUCUUCAACACAGGGAUGAAUGCAGUUGGUCUUGUCGAUUGUUUGAACUACAACUUCGGCUCCAUCUCCGGCAACUGGGCAAAUACCCUUCCUGAGGGAGGUUGGUGGCAGUACCUAUGGAGUACAGUCGUCGUGGUCUCGUGCGUUGCCAUCUGUUUGGCUGGAAGCGCCAUCUUCGCCCGUGCAAGCAACGCAUUGCUGUUUAUUCUCCUUGCUGCUACCUUCAGCAUUCCUUUCUCUGCCCUUGUCUUGAAACCUUUUGAGAUCUCGAAGCAAUAUACCCAUUUUACCGGUUUAAGCGUCCAUACUCUGAAGCAAAACCUUUUGCCUCAUUUCACUCGCGGGGCUGCUGGCAGUCAGCUGCGCUCGAAGGAGGACUAUCAGGAUCUCUUCGGUAUUCUGUUUCCCGCCACAGGAGGAAUACUUGCCGGUGCAAGCAUGUCCGGCGAUCUCAAGAAUCCAAGCAAAGCCAUCCCGCGAGGUACUCUUGCUGGCCUCGGCCUCACAUUUAUCUCGUACGGUCUUGUUAUCCUUGCCUUGGCUGCGAGCAUUACUAGGGAGUCUUUCUAUCAGAAUGUGAAUGUGAUCCAAGACACCAACAUCUCCGGCGGCUUGAUCCUGGCAGGGGAACUGGCGACAACAUUCUUCUCCGUCCUCAUGGGCAUCAUUGGGCCAGCCAAGCAACUCCAGGCCAUUGCUCGAGAUAAUGUUCUCCCGGGGCUGUCAAUAUUUAGCCAGGGAUCAAGCAAAAAUGAUGAACCCGUCCUCGCCAUCUUUUUCACCUUCGCUGUAGCGCAGGCCACGCUUCUCCUUGACAUCAAUCGCAUCGCGUCCCUCGUUACAAUGGCAUAUCUGAUGACUUUCUUUGCGCUCAAUGUCGCAACAUUCCUUCUGAAAAUCGGCUCAGCCCCUAACUUUCGACCGUCCUUUCACUACUUCAACUGGUGGACUGCACUCAUGGGAGCGUUACUGAGUGUCGCCAGCAUGUUUUUCGUGGACGGAAUCUCUGCCUCUGGGUCGAUCUGUCUCCUUCUGAUGUUGAUCAUCUUGAUCCAUUACACCACGCCGCCGAAGCCUUGGGGCUCCAUCUCGGAGGUGCUGAUCUAUCACCAAGUCCGCAAAUACUUGUUACGCCUCAAGAACGAGCAUGUCAAAUUCUGGCGGCCACAGAUUCUACUCUUUGUGAAUGACCCAAGGCGAGGGUACAAGCUGAUCCAGUUUUGCAACUCCCUCAAGAAGGGUGCGCUCUUCAUCAUUGGCCACGUCAUUGUCACGCAGAACUUUGGUGAGUCGGUACCGGAGGCCCGUCGCCAGCAGUCAGCCUGGAAUAAAUAUAUCGAAGUGUCAAAGAUAAAAGCAUUCGUCAAUAUUGCCAUUUCGCCAUCUAUAGAGUGGGGCGCAAGAAAUAUUUUUCUGUCCGCCGGGUUGGGAGGAAUGCGGCCCAACAUUGUCAUCUUUGGGUUCUACAAUUUGCAACAAUUUCGAGCCGAGCAGCCACUUGUCGAUGUCCCUAGCCCUCCGCCGGAACGCAAACAUGGCUCUUUGCGGAAGCGACGAACAAGCAGAAGCAUUGUUAGAGGCGAGCUGCCGACGGAUACCUGCUACGUGGAGAAACGGACGGAUAUCCAAAGUUAUGUCAUGGUGCUGGAGGACAUGAUACUCAAACUCCAAACUAACGUCGCCAUUGCGGCCGGGUUCAAUGACUUGGAGCUCCCAAAAGGCACAGAUGAGCUAACCAAGAAAUACAUCGACUUAUGGCCUAUCCAAAUGUCAGCCGAAGUCAUAUCUGACGCUGAAGGGGAAGGGCGAAAUGUCCUUACGACCAAUUUUGACACGUAUACGCUCAUCUUACAACUAGGUUGCAUCCUGCAUACCGUUCCUUCCUGGAAGAAGGCGUACAAACUCCGGGUGGCGGUAUUUGUCGAGUAUGAAACGGAUCUGGAGGAGGAGCGGAGUCGUGUCACCACUCUCCUUGAGAACCUUCGAAUCGAGGCGAAGGUGCUGGUAUUCUGGCUGGCUUGUGGCACUGUCAAGUCAUACAACUAUGUUGUCAAUGGAGAAGAUGUAGAUGAGGAAACUCAGGUCCAGGUCAACAAGGUCCUGGAAGAUGAUUUGUGGUGGCGUGAACUCCAGAGCAUCCGGGGCAAGUCAAAAUCCGCUGAUGAGGGUGCGGUGGACGCCUUGAGUGUCGCGGACGACAGCGUCUGGCCAAGCAGCUCUUUGCAGAACAAAAGGGAGAACUCGAUCAUUCGGCUCGAAGGAUUGCGUCGCAUCCUAGCUGAUCCGAAAAAGCGGCCAACCUUCGGCAAUCUGUCCAGCCUCGGCCUCAGCCUUUCCAUGACGACCUCUCGUCUGGAUGAUGACAUGCUUAGUCGACAUGCGUCUCACCCUAGUGAUUCUGACGUCUCAAAUUCGGAAACAGAAGACUCGGAAGCAGAAGAGGAGAGUGUCGAGGAGCCUGACGACACGUGGGAAGACCAUGAAUUCUACGAGGCAGACCGGCCUGAUGAAGAAACGGAUGUCCAGCAGCCAUCCUCCGCAGACCGAAAUGCUCCUCCUAAGGCUGUGACUCUGUCAAGAAAAAGUAGUCGAACAAGCUCCAAGAGAUCGAGUCGCAAAGCCAGAAAAGACGCGCAUAGGAGAGAAGAAAUGCGCGCUCCCUCUGAGCCUUUGAUCCGGCUUGAGGAAGACCUCAACAGCUCAGAAGCAGAGCAAAGCCGGGGCCGAGCCACUCAAUCCACUGCCAUUAAAGCUCCGGCUAGCGCACCGACCUCACCACACCAAGGUCUAGAGGUGGCUUCUUCACAGCGACCCCGAACGCCAUCGCCAAAUUUCACAUGUGAACCAGUACCUGUGGCAAAGGUGGCUAGCGAAGAAGGAGCUGGGCCAUCCAUCAUGUUUGCAUCGGACCCUCAUCCACGACGACAAAAGGCGGAGGAACCGCCGGCUUCCGGAGGGCGAUCGAUAUAUCAGCGGGCUAAGGAUGACAGCAGCCCUUCCAAGCCCGCCUCAGGAUAUCCCACAGCUGCCGCCACACCUCUUUCGUUCAACGACCUCCCCAGCCGAGCACAACACCUUAUCCUGAAUGAUUUGAUGCUACAGAACAGCGAUGACACCGCCGUCAUAUUCACGACAUUGCCAGCCCCAGUUGAGGGAACGUAUAGAAGCGAGACCGACAGUCUCCGAUAUAUCAGCGAUUUGGAGGUCUUGGUCGGCGGGUUGCCCCCAACGCUGCUCGUGCAUAGUAACAGCAUGACCGUCACGACUAAUCUUUGA